GGGUAGUGAAUUAUUGGAGAAAAAAUGGCUGGUGGAGGAGAGAAAAAAGAACAUCUUUAUAAGAUAUUAGUAAUUGGUGAACUGGGAACUGGUAAAACAAGUAUCAUCAAGCGCUAUGUACAUCAAUUUUUCUCCCAACAUUACAGAGCUACUAUUGGCGUAGACUUUGCAUUAAAAGUGUUAAAUUGGGACUCAGAUACCUUAAUUAGACUUCAGUUAUGGGACAUAGCAGGUCAAGAAAGGUUUGGUAACAUGACCCGAGUGUAUUAUAAAGAGGCUGUCGGGGCCUUUGUGGUGUUUGACGUGACCAGGGCAUCCACAUUUGAUGCUGUCUCCAAGUGGAAGAAUGACCUGGACAGUAAAGUUCAGCUACCAGAUGGGACUCCAGUUCCUUGUGUUCUCUUAGCAAAUAAAUGUGAUCAAGCUAAAGAAGGUUUAGUGAAUAAUUCAGCCCAAAUGGAUGAGUUUUGUAAAGAAAAAGGUUUUAUUGGGUGGUAUGAAACAUCAGCUAAAGAAAAUAUCAACAUUGACGAAGCUUCACGAUUCUUAGUCACUAAAAUAUUAGAGAAAGAUAAAGCUAUGAAGCUAGGUGAAAACGACCGUGAUAAUGAUAAGAUAUUACUGGACGGUCGAAAUUCAGCCAGCUCUACAGAGAAAAAAUCUACUUGUUGCUGAUAGAUUGUUACUAGAAGCGUAUUUAACAAACAUCAC